AAGACAGGAGGCGGAUUUGGAGUUCAGAGCGGGGGGGUUGGUCUACGGACAAGAGCGUUUGCUAGUGACGGAUUGUGUGUGUAACGGAGGAGAAAGAUUUUCUACCAGAGGACGUUGCUUCGGAACUAUAACAUUUCUAGCCGGCCCGGACUUCCACCAGGUUCUGAUGCUGCUCCGGAGCACGGGAGACCCGCCGGACAUGAGGUUCUCCUGGAAGGAUAAGAUGAGCUGUGUGCAGGACUGGGGGGAGGAGCUAGAGGAGGAGGCUGUGUACCACGUGACCCUCAAGAGAGUCCAGAUCCAGCAGGCAGCCAAUAAGGGAGCCCGCUGGUUAGGGGUGGAGGGGGACCGUCUGCCCCCGGGUCACACCGUGAGCCAGCUGGAGACUUGUAAGAUCCGCAGCAUCAGGGCGGGGUCGCUGGAGAGGCUGGUGGAGAACCUGCUCACAGCCUUCGGGGACAACGACCUGACCUACACCAGCAUCUUCCUGUCCACCUACCGCGCCUUCGCCUCCACCUCCACCGUAUUGCACCUGCUGCUGGACAGGUAUGGCAGUGUGGAGAGGUAGAUGGACAGACAGAGAUAUCCAAACCCGCUGAAACUAAAGCAGUCAGACAGUAAGAU